GUAAUGUAACGGGCUUUUCUACCAUUGUGUGAAUGAGUAUCAUGUACGGAGGUGCAAAGAGGGCGAUUUGGGACCCAGUUGGACGCCCCCGGAGGGACUGCAUGUGUUACCUGGCACCGCCGACCUCUUUUACUCCCAAUGGCAUGCGGAAGUCACCGGAAGUUAGUCCGCGGCGGCUGUCCGACAUCAGCCCCCAGCUUCGGCAGCUUAAGUACCUGGUUGUGGAUGAAGCCAUCAAGGAGGAGCUUAAGUCAUCCCGCUCAGUCGAGGACAUAAACAGCGCUUCUAUCGAGGAGAGAAUCUUGAGAAUAACAGGCUACUAUGGAUACCAGCCAUGGAGUGUGCCAUUCAAAGGAGAGAACCUGGUGCGAGAGAAUACCACGGUGAUAGCAGAUGGUCAUCCGGCUGGGGCUGGGGCAGCGGCUGAAUCCAGAGGAGGCGGACAGACGCUACGCUGCUGUCUGCACGUGACGGUCGCUCACCUGCGCAAGACCCUGUGGGGCGUCGCCAUGGUGACUUGCGUGUGCUCCACCUGGACGGGCUCCACCCAGCUGGCCAAGGUCACCUUCAGGCAGUUUGACGCCCCCUUCACCCUGACCUGGUUUGCUACUACCUGGAACAUCCUGGUCUUCCCCCUCUACUACAUGGUCCACGUAUGCAGGAGCUCUGAAAGACUCACUCCCUGGCAGAGCUUCAGGCAGUGCAGCAGGCUCUUUGGAGACAACGGCAUGACGGUGAGGACGGUUGUGGUGAAGACUGCUCCUUUCGGUCUGCUGUGGACGAUGACCCUCUACCUGUACCUGCAGGCUUUGCGUAAGCUCAGCACAACAGACGCCUCCGCCCUCUUCUGCUGCAACAAGGCUUUCGUCUUCCUGCUGUCUUGGAUCCUGCUCCGCGACCGCUUCAUGGGUGUCAGGAUUGUGGCGGCCAUCUUGGCAAUCGCAGGCAUCGUGAUGAUGACAUACGCGGAUGGGUUCCACAGCCGAUCCGUAAUCGCCAUCUCGUUCGUGGUGGCGUCAGCGUCUACGUCAGCCAUGUACAAGGUUUUGUUUAAGAUGGUCCUGGGCAGUGCCAAAUUUGGAGAGGCAGCACUGGUCCUCACUGUCAUCGGUGGUGCCAACUUGAUCUUGGUCAGCCCAGUCCCGCUGGUCCUCUACUUCACAGGCGUGGAGCACUUCAGUUCCCCCAGUGACAUCCCGUGGGGGUGCCUCUGUGGCGUGGCAGGUCUUCUAUUGGCAUUCAACCUGCUGGUGAAUUUUGGCGUUGCAAUAACGUACCCGACCUUAAUCUCACUUGGUGUCAUCCUAAGUGUUCCUGUCAAUGCCUUGGUGGACCUGCACACCUGUGAGAUCCAGUUCAACACAGUACGCCUUAUUGCCAUCGCACUCAUAUGCCUGGGGUUCCUGCUGCUGCUGCUGCCAGAGGACUGGGACCGGGCUUUGCUCCAUGUGGCCUCCAGGCUGCGCAAGCAAGAUCAGCCAGCAGAGGGUGGUACCGAGAGCCGAAGAACCCCAAGCUCCAUGCCCACUUUCGGACACCAGCCCUGACUCCAGCCUGAUCCCAAAACGCCUUAGACAUGCCCACGCCCUCUGGCUGCCAUGUCUCGUUUCUGUUUCUGCUGCCUCUUCCUGCUACAGAAAUUGUCGAAUGGAUCAGUCAACUGAAUAAGAAUGGAUCCAUAUUUAUACCCAGAUUAACUGACAUAAUGUGUGUAGUGUACAUACCUUUAUUUUUGUAUAUGCAAUGUACUAUAUGACCUGCAUUCUGCUCAGUGUGUGUACAGA